UCCAAUCGUUGUGUAAAACUGUGUGACUUUGGUUUGGCCACCGAACACGACAUUAAUAGAGAGACGACCUAUCGUUAUGAGCACUCAUUUGUGGGCACUUUUGCAUAUAUGGCACCGGAAGUCACGUCGCGUAGUAAAUAUAAUCAUAAGUCUGACAUUUAUAGCCUCUCUUUAAUUGGACAGCAGUUGUGUGCUAUUGAUCUCCAGGACUCGGAAUCAUUUGACACCAAAGAAUCAGUAUUCAAGACAUCAAUACUAUGUCUAUACCAGACAUUGCAGUCAAUGAUGUCAAGUCCUAAUUGGAGACAACGGCCUGAGUGUCGGCAAGUGUUGGCCAAAUAUAACGAGUGGUCUAUUGAUAAAAGUGUUGUCACUAAUGAUAAAGAAUUCAAUGAAAUAUUU